CUGUCCCUAAACAGAGGGGUUUUUGUAGACAUUUCAAGCACCUGGAUGUGGUGCACGUCAGAGGAUGAAAACCUGGGCUGAUUCAGUGCUGGCCAGGGAAGCCUCAGCAUCGUGCAACCUGGUCUCCUUGUCUGUGUUUGUGGGUAGGGUUAACAUCAAUCUAAUCCAUCAGCUUUUUGCUGCAAAGUCUUUUGAAUUUACCCGAGGGCAUUUGGGAUCCCUCUGCAGCAUCCUCUGCCAUUUUUGUUAGCAACUGACAGACUGGUAGCCAAGGCAGGUUUUAAUCAUGAUCCAGUGGUUGUUGUUCUGCAAGAAAAUGUCCAGUGGAGUGACAGAGAGCAGGGUCAGGGCUGUCCCAUCACUGCAUGGGAGGGUGACUCGGGAAUAGAGUCUCCCCACAAUGAGGUGGUGGCCCCACUUCCUCGGCAACAAGAUCACGUUUACCACUCGACAGGUUGUUUUGGUACCGCCCCAAGGAGCGGAGCCUUCCCCCUGCGGGGCGGUGGAUGGUGCCAAAUAUGCAGCUGCUGGGGCAGGACGGGCAGUGACCUCUCAAGAACGGCGGAAUCGUCACUGGGGCGAUAUUUAUAGCGGGAGCAGCGGGCCGGGAUCCCGGCCCCGGCAGCAGCGGGCCAGGCGCUGAGCUGCCCCUGCACAGCCCUCGCCUCCCCGCUGCGCUCUGCCCUGCGCUAAGCCAGCCCGGCGGAGCCCGCACGGCCCCACCCAACCUCCCCGAGAUGGCACAAGGCGGGCGCGACCCCCGGCCCGGGGACCUGAUCGAGAUCGACCGGCCAGGUUACCAGCACUGGGCCCUCUACGUGGGGCGUGGAUAUGUCAUCAACGUGACAGACGAAGGAGCCACAUCCCUUACUCUUAGCAGCUCUUCAAUACGCGCCACAACAGCCAAGGUGAAGAAGCAGCUCCUGAAGGAGGUGGUGGGAAAUGAUGAAUGGCGUGUCAACAACAAGUAUGACCGCUACUACACUCCUUUCGCUGUGGAGAAGAUCAUCCAGCGUGCUAAGCAAUGGAUUGGUAGGGAGGUGCCAUAUGAUGUGCUUAACAGAAACUGUGAGCACUUUGUGACAGAGCUCCGCUAUGGAGUAGGAGUCUCUGAGCAGGUCCACAAAGCAGCUGCUGGCAGUGCUGCAGCUGCAGCAGCUGGUGUUGCUGGUCUUGGUGGUGCUCUCACUGUUGCUGAGUUUGCUGGUGCUGCUGGUAUUGCUGGUGCGGCAGGUGUUGCUGGUGCCGCUGCUGCUGCUCUCGCAAUGGCAUUGUACGCCAGCGCCUCCAGCCGAUAGUGCUGCUGAUGGGCCGUCAGGAAGAGCUCAGAGCAAGGCAGGGGCAUCUCCUGGAUACUGCGGUCAAGGUCAGCUUUUGCAGCCCAUGACAUCAAGGCUUCCUAGGAAUUGUGCCACCCGUGCUGUAAGCUUUAAAUAAGCCUUAAUUAAACAUCUGAAAU